CAGCCCAGAGCCGCAGCAGCAGCAGCAGCAGCAGCAGCGGUGUGUGUGUAUGUGUGUGUGUGCGCCCCGGGGCAGACAGGACGCCGUUUCCCCGCUGGACCUCGCACGGACAGCCGCUCUCGGUUCGCCCCCCGGUACCGGUGCGCUUCAAGCCCCGGCGGUUCGGGAAAAGCCUCGGAGCCGGGGGCGCUAACGGCGGCUAAUGCUCGGCUAACAACAUGGGAGCGCUGCAUUGUACUGUGAUGCUAACGGAGGCUAAGUGCUAACCGAAGGAAGAGCUGCGUGAAGAAAUUACUGCCUAAAAUUCUAAUGAGCGUCUCAAGGGCAUGCCACAGGAAAUUAAAAGCUGACCGGGGGGGUGAUGUCCGGCGCUAAGGGCCCUCCGGUGGGGGCGGGGGGCGUGGGGGGCGGAGCAGGCGGAGCACGCAGACGCAGGACCCGCUGCAGACGGUGCCAGGCCUGUCUGCGCACAGAGUGUGGAGAGUGUCACUUCUGCAAAGACAUGAAGAAGUUUGGAGGACCAGGAAGGAUGAAGCAGUCGUGUCUGCUGCGACAGUGCACCGCGCCGGUCCUGCCCCACACGGCCGUGUGUCUGGUCUGUGGAGAGGCGGGUAAAGAGGACACAGUGGACGACCCUGACGACAAGUUCAGCCUGUGCCUCAUGGAGUGCACCAUCUGCAACGAGAUCAUCCACCCCAGCUGCUUAAAGAUGGGAAAAGCUGAAGGCAUCAUCAACGACGAGAUCCCCAACUGUUGGGAGUGUCCCAAGUGCCACAAGGAGGGAAAGACCAGCAAAGACCAGACCGACGGUUCGGGGAAACGCCGCCUGGACAACGGCGAGGUCGGACGCUGGAAGAUCACAGACGACCCUCCGCCCAAGAAGAAGGCGCCCCCUUCAGGAGAGGAGGUGUCCCGCGGCGGCGACAGCCGAGCGGAGGGGGGGAGGGGGUCGGAGGUCAGAGGGGGGGAGGGCAGGUCGACGGAGGGAAGAGCCGAGGGGCGGAGCAACGACGGCCACAAGAGGAAGAAGGAGAAAGAACCGGCGCCAGACAGCGGCAAGAAGAAGAUCAAAGGAAAUCAUGAGAAACGCCUCAAAAAGAAGCCGAAGUCAGAGGAGAACGGUUCCGGUUCUGGUCCGGGUUCUGGGGGCGGGGCUCAGGCCUCGUCUCAGUCGGGCUCGGGGGGCGGGGGCUCGGGGGGCGGAGCCUCGGGUUCGUCCAAUCAGGACCAGAGGUCGCACCAGCGCGAGAAGCUGGAGCGGUUCAAACGGAUGUGUCUGCUGGAGCGACGCCUCUCCUCCUCCUCCUCCUCUUCCUCCUCCGAGUCCGACUCCAGCGACUCCGACAGCGACGCGGCCAAUCAGAGAGCCCCGAGCCCGCCCACCUCGCCCUUCAGCCCCGCCCACAGAGACCGCAAACACAGCGAGCGCGAGAAAGAGCGAGAGCGCGAGAAAGAGAGGGAGAAGGAGAGAGAGAAGGAGCGAGAGAAGGAGAGGGAGAGACGACUGGCCGAGCUCGGGUUCAGCGCCAGCGACGAAUCAGACGACACGACGGGCGGGCGCGGCGACGACGGCGAGGAGAGGGAGGAGCCUAAGAGGAGGGGGGAGGGGCUAACGCUCAAGAGGAAGACCAUGGAGACGGACGAAGACGAGGAGGAGCGCAGAGACAGGAAGUCGUCCCUCCCCUCUCCGCUCUCGUCCAAUCAGAUGUCAGCGUCCGGACCGCACGACGUGUUCGUGUCGAAGCAGCGCAACAACGGCGCCGACUCCAGGAACGGUCGCCGCGGCGCCGGAGCGGGCGGAGAGAAGGAGAACUCGACCAAUCACAGGCACAGUACGGCCUCGGGGGGCGGGACCAAGGCCAACGCCAGUCGGUCGAAGCUUCGCUCGAAACCCUCCGCCUCCAGCGCUCGCCUGGGCUCCGCCCCCUCGCUGCCCUCGGCCAACGGCGGCCCGGUGCCAAUGGCGGCGCGGGGGGCGUGUCCCUGCCCCUCCCACGCUGCAGGCCGCCCGCCCCCCCGUGCCCCCCAGACCCCCCGGCCCCUGGAGCGCCACCUGGUGAAGCCGCCGCCGCACUGCCCCGAGCCCUCGCUGCUGCCCCUGACCACGGGACACGCCCACAUCCUCCACAGAGACACCUGGGUCCGAGUGUUCACCCACCUGAGCCACCGGGAACUCUGCGUCUGCAUGAGGGUCUGCCGCACCUGGAGCAGAUGGUGCUGUGAUAAGCGUCUGUGGUCUCACAUCGACCUGAGUCGUCAAAGAUCCAUCACGGCGCCGAUGCUCAGUGGAAUCAUCCGGCGUCAGCCCGUCUCCCUCAACCUCGGCUCCACCAACAUCUCCAAGAAACAACUCAUGUGGCUCCUCAACCGCCUGCAGGGUCUGGAGCAGCUGGUUCUGUGUGGUUGUCUCUGGGCGUCCGUCUCCGCUCUGUGUCUCACCGUGUGUCCCUGUCUGCGUCUGCUGGACCUGAGCCGCGUCGAGGACCUCAAGGACUCGCACCUGAAGGAGCUGCUGGCCCCGCCCCCCGACGCUCGCAUAGCGCACGGCGACAGCAGAGGUGGGCGGUUCCAGGGCGUGACCGAGCUGCGAUUGGCCGGUCUGGAGCUGACGGACUCCGCGUCUCGUUUGCUGCUUCGCUACACGCCGCACCUGCAGAGGCUGGACCUGAGCUACUGCCCCCUGCUGUCCGACCAAAGCAUCGUCACCCUCACCUCAGGACUGUCCCCGCUCCGAGACAGGCUCACGCACCUGACGCUGACAGGUUGCGCGCGCCUGUCAGAGCAGUGUGUCCCGCUCCUUCGCCGCUGCUCGUCUCUUCAGACCGUGGACCUUCGCUGUUGUCCUCAGCUCUCCUCAGACUCCGCCCAGCUCCUACAUCUCCCAUCAUCCUCCACGGCGCCCGCCACUUCCUGCCCCCCCUCCUCCGCCACUUCCUGUCCGCCGGACGACAGGACGCUGCUAAAGAACAGCUAAAGACUACACUACUCCCGCCGCCGCUCCACCAGGACUGCGUUUCCCACGAUGCAAUGCGUCUGACAGUAUUUAUUCUUAUUAUUAUUGUGAGCGGCCGAGCAGAGGAAACGCCGUGAUGUCACU